UUAUUGAGGAAAUAAGUCAAAAGGACUCCUGAGUCAUUUCCUGAGCCUUGAUCGCUGUAUCCUGUGCCUAUAGCCUUCAUUUACUUCUACCACUAGAAAUGGAGUUGGUAGAGGGAUGCCAUUUUUCCCCAUCUGAAUUCUUUUAUGACAGUUCUUGUAUCCCUUCUCCUGAGGAUGAAUUCAUAGAUGACUUUGAACAUGGGAUGCCUGCUUACAGCGCUCACAAAAAAGACCUUCAAGAAUCAGAUGAAGAUGAGCACGUUCGAGCACCUAAUGGUCAUCAUCAGGCUGGUCACUGUCUGAUGUGGGCAUGCAAAGCUUGCAAACGCAAGUCUUCUACAAUGGACAGGAGAAAAGCAGCCACCAUGAGGGAGAGACGGCGGCUUAAGAAAGUGAACCAGGCUUUUGAAACUCUCAAAAGGUGCACCUCAACAAACCCUAAUCAAAGGCUGCCCAAAGUGGAGAUCCUGAGGAAUGCUAUCAAGUAUAUAGAGAGUCUUCAAGACUUGCUUAGAGAACAGGUACAGAACUUCUACAGCCUACCAGGACAGAGCUCUUCCGAGCCAGGGAGUCCAGUGUCUAGCUGCUCGGAUGGCAUGACUGAAUGCGGCAGCCCACACUGGUCAAGAAGAAAUCGGAGCUUCAAUAAUGGCUUUUGCUUGGAUCUGCAGACAUCGAUCUCUCCGGACAAACUCACAGCACUCUCCAGCCUUGACUGCUUGUCUAGCAUAGUUGAUCGGAUCUCUUCUCCAGAUGAGUGCAGCACCAGUCUCCACGAUUCUGUUUCCUUGUCUCCCAGUACCAGCAUGGACUCCCUUCCAAAGACCCCUGAAUUCUCGGACUCCAGACCAGUCUACCAUGUGCUAUGAACUCACCUCAUGUAAAUGCAUUAAUAAUGCCUUUCUGGGCUAUAUGUCUCAAUCCACAAAUUUUGACUGGGGGAUGAAAUCUUCCUACAACCUUUAAAGACUGAAAACUAAUAUAUAUUUGUAUAUAAAGGAAUAUUUUGUACAUGUCUAAAUUAUAUUUCUACUUGAGUACAUUGUUUAUUUAACUACUUUAUUCAUCAUUUGAUUGCGGUAAUGAAUUUGAUUUAUACAAUGACCUGCAUUUCAAAAAAUGUUAAUUAUUGAAACACAUCUUUCAGAAACCUGUUUGUUAACCUCUAAAUGACAUUUAGCACACUUUAUGUCAUUUAAACUAUGGUUUUAGUGCUUAUUUAACACAGCAAUGGAUGGAAUUUACACUUUGUUUUUUUGUUUUUUUAUAAUUUGCUUUUUGAGACAGGAAUGUAAGGGUAUUUUUCAACUUUGUAUAAUGUAAACAUGAGCCGAGUGUUCAGGAAAGUGUAUAGAUUGUAUGUAUACACUUAUUGUUACAAUAAUAAUUAAAUAAUAAUAGUGAUCUAUC